AUGACGGUUCCUGAACAACCUGAUACUUUGAUGCAUCGUCCCAUGUCAUCCACUGCACAACGUAUCCGUGAACAAGUUGCCACGGUGAACCCUGAAUUCAUGAAUUCAUUGAAGUACUAUCUCAAUCACGUGGAAGAUCCUACCAAACAUGAACGAUUGAUAAAUGAUGAACAAGUCAAACGUUAUACAUACUUGGCGUGUUUUGGCUCAUGA